AACAAUUAUUUUUCGUUUUACUUUGGUUUUUUCUUUAGGUGAUUCUUCCCCCUCUUCAGCCCAUUAGAACAUACUCUCUCUCCGCUACAGCCGAUGGCGAUCGCUAGGUGGCCGCCGAGAAGACGGGCGCUCGGGGGCGGAGGGACGCGCCGCGUCUUCUUCAGGCUAUGGUACUCCCAUAGAUUCAAGAGGAUGAUUCUCUUCAGCGUGGCUUUCAUGGCGUUUUUUCCUCUUCUCUUUUUCCAUCUCAAGCUCCGGCGGUUUAGCCAGAUGAUCGCUCGCGAAUGUGAUUGGCUUCACCAUCCUCCUCUUGUUUGCGCUCAUGGCGGAGACUCCGCCUUAGCUUUCCCCAACACCAUGGAUGCCUACGAUUACGCUAUCCGUUCUCGAGUAGACUGUAUCGAGGUCGACGUUUCUCGAUCUGCCGACGGUGUUCUGUUUGCUCUGCAUCACCGGGAUCUGCAACGCAUUACUCGUAACUCUUCCAUUCAAGUUGGAGAUAUGAACAUGAAGCAGAUAAAGAAACUAGGCGUCUCACACGUUUCUGUAGGAAACAUGAUUCCUACCCUCGAAGAAGCUUUGAAGUUGAUAUCACAUUCAGUCCGCCGAGUAAUUCUGGAUGCUAAAGUGGGGGCACCUUUGUAUGAAAAGGGGCUUGCUCAGGAUAUCCUCUCAGUUAUUGAGAGGUCCCGGUGUAACAAUUGCAUGGUCUGGGCCAAAAGUGACAGUUUGGUUAGAGACAUAAUCAGGCUAGCACCAGACCUCACAGUGGGGUACAUUGUGAUGGAGGAUCCUUCUUCUGGGGUGAGAAACAACCUGCUGAGAAUGAGGGGAGCUAGGGUGGCUGGAGUUUAUCAUCCCUUGAUUGAUGAAAGACUGAUGAGAGUUAUGCAUGGGAGAAACAAGAAGGUGUACGCAUGGACUGUUGACGAUGCUGAUCCAAUGAGAAGGAUGCUUCAUUUAGGUGUGGAUGCUGUUGUUACUAGCCAUCCUUCUAUGUUUCUGGCUCUCAUGGAAGAUCGAAGGACCCAGUGUCUUGAAGAAGGUUUUCAGCAACUGAGAUGACAAUCUGAGCAAUGACAAGGUCUCAAGUUCAGGGUUUAGGAAAAUGAUAUAAAGAAUCUUAUGUCAUCCUGGAAUGACAUUGGAAAGACAUCUGUAGGGUUAUGACAGAUGCCACGUUUGGUUCAUCAAGCUUGCAGUUUUGUAAGGGUUGUAAAGCGAUUCAAAUUUCUUGUCCAGCAGACAACUUUUACGCGGUGUUGUUUUGUAGCAACUAUCCAAGUAACUGAGACAGCAAAGAACAGCUUUAAUCUGCUACGGCGGCCCUUUUAUU